AUGUUUGAUAUUUCUGGGAUAGAUAAAAGAUUUCUGAAGGGAGAUCUACACAAUGUUAUUCUCCUUACAAUUCUUUAUCUACUACAGGGGAUUCCUCUUGGGCUUUCGUAUGCAUCUCUCCCCUUUCUACUGAAAAAGCAUUUAUCAUACUCAGAUAUCGGAAUUUUCAGCAUCUCUGCAUUUCCUUUUUCCUUGAAAUUCUUAUGAUCUCCUCUGGUGGAUGCUUAUUUUAUACCUCAAAUUGGCAGAAGAAAGACAUGGAUCAUUCCUUUGCAAAUUCUAACUCCUCUCACAAAAAACAUAUGAGUUGAAUUUAAAAUAUUACAAAAUUUUUCUUAAAUUUAAAACAAUUAUUAUAAAUUUAGAAUUUUUCUCAAUUAAUAAUAUAUUUCGUCAUGAUAAUACUUCAUCUGAAUCAGGAGGUUAAGUGGAUUUAUGAUGAUUUUUUUGAGCUUCAGAAUAGAUGAACUAGUAAGAAAUGCAGACAAUGUAUGAACUAUUACUCUUUUAUUUACAUUUUUGGUCUUUCUUUAUGCUACACAAGAUAUUGCAGUCGAUGGGUGGGCUUUGGAAAUUUUGAGGCCAGAGCAUAAAUCUCUCGCCUCCACGUGUCAAAGUGUAGGACAAAAUAUCGGAUUUUUUGCAAGCUUUACGAUAUUUUUAGCCUUUAACUCGGUCGAGUUUUGCAAUAAAUACAUUUAUUCUGAAGAAAUGAAAGAGCCUGCUAUCAGUUUACCCCAAUUUAUGUAUUUUUGAGGGGUAAUUAAUCUUAUCACAAGCAUAUACUUGAUACUAUUUUCUGAAGAAAAACCCAUGAAACUCGACGAAAAUCAAGGUUUUAUCUCAAUUUUUGGGAAAAUAAUGGAAACAGUGAAACAAAAACACUUUAUAUGGCUGAUAAUCCUGGGGCUUACCAAUAAAAUGUUUUUCGCGUCUAAUGACUCAAUGCUUAUGCUGAUGCUAAUGGAAAAAGGGGUCCCUGAAGCUGAUUUAGGAUUAAUCUCUGCUUAUCAGCUUCCAAUAGAUAUAAUCGUUUCUAUUGUGGUAGGGUGGUACACGAGGCAUGGAUACCAAUUCAAAUACUUUUGCUAUGGGUAUAUUAUUCGGAUUAUAAUGAACUGUUAUGGAAUUUUCCUGUUGCUGCUUGAUCUAAAUAGUGCUUACUAUUAUUUUUUCUUAGUUGUUGGAGGCUUUUUUGGGUCUUUAGGGUCUAAUUUGAUGUUUGUAUCAAUUGGGUCGUUUUUCAAUAUAAUUGUGGACGAGUCAAUUGGGGGCUCUCUGCUAACGUUCUUAAACACAAUAUGAAAUUUCGGAGGAACGUGGGCAAGGUUCGCUGCUUUGAACUUGGUUGACCAUCUGACUUUUGGAGAAACUCAUGGGUAUUAUGUGCUCACCAUUGCAAGUGCAGUUUUUGGUGUAGUUUAUUACCCAAUUAUGUGGAGCUUGACUAAGAAGAUUAGUUCCGUAAACACAAGUGACUGGAAAUUAAAAACAAAUUAA